UAUUACGAAAAUCGCAAUGAAACAGCAGAACAAAUCCCGUCACCGGAAACCGAAUCUGCAACAAACCGGAAACGACAAAGAGAAACACAGUUCUGUACAAAGUGAAAAAGAUUCUAAAAAUAGAGUCAGCCUAGAACUGGUGAUUUUUCGAACCUCAUUUGCCAUUAUUCUGGUUGGAUUCCUCGUGUAUGGGUUGUAUAUGAAUUAUAGUGUAGCUAAGAGUUCAGACCGUGUAGAUGGUAGAACAGUCGUUCAGAGAGACGACGGGGACACUUUCGUGUAGUUAGAUUCCGACAUCGACGACACAGAAGAUGGAUCAGUGUCCAGUAAAGAACAACAGAGAAAACCGUCUGUAAAACAAGAAAUUCCGGUGAAAUUGUCUGAAAAGUCAGAGACAGAGACUCCAACAGAGAAGAAACCACUCCAGCCACCCAAGACCGAUCAAACACAGAAAUCUAAAUUGUCAAAGAGUCAGAAUCAAAAUGGCGGCAAAUCGCAGAAGAACAACAAUCAAAAGACAACGACACUAUCAUCCGGGAAUGUAAAAGAGAUAGAGAAGGAGGUGGAGGAAUUCAAGGCUACGUACUUGAAGAAAAUGUCCCCCAAAAAGAUCUUUGUGGACGGUAGGCGACUUCCGCCCGUGGAACUGUUGCCACAGAAACCAAACAACAGUAGUGUCAGAGUUUUCUUAUAUGACGAAUUCCUGUCAGAGCAGGAAUGUGACGGUUUGAUGAGAGCACAUGACAGUCACGUGAAGGAAUCUUCUAAAAUUAACCCGCUCAUCUGCUUCGAUACCAUAGAGACGCUCCGGAAACACAUCAAGACGGCCCGUAAAAAGGUCAAGGUUACUCCGGCUGAUUUUAUACCUGGUACCUUUUGCGUCAACGAAACGUUUUCUAGACAGCUGUCUGACUGGUUGAAGAGCAACUGGAGCUAUAGUACGGCGUUCUAUCCGGGGGAGAGCAAAUUCUCCAAGAUAAUGGAAUUUCGAGUCAAAGAAGCGACCCAACUGCAACCAGAAAACGGCGGGAAAUUCCAAAUAACAUCGUAUCCUCAAGGAAUAGGUUAUAAGACACACACAGACUGUAUAGAGGAUAACGCCGACGAAAGGGAUAGAAUGGCGACCAUUUUGGUUUAUCUUCAAGAUGUGGAGGAUGGUGGAGAGACGAAAUUUCCAGAAUUGGGUAUUUGGGUAAAACCCCGUAAAGGACGAGCGUUAGUCUGGAAUAACAUGAAUGAAGAGGGCAAGUGUGAGGCACUGUCUGUUCACAACGCCGCAAAGGUCAACAAAGGUCACAAAUACAUCCUCCAAAGAUGGUACUACUACAAAAACUUUUAUUCUCUGGGUAAGAGGCCACCUGAACCGGAACUCCCUGUGCGAGCUUCCGGAACACCUCGGGUUAAUUGUGACGAGUACGAGAAAGGAAGCUGUCGGUGGUACGAUGAGUGGAAUUAUGAACACCUCGUAGACUACAGAAAUCAAAGAAUAAAUCUGAAGUAGUUCAACAAA